GGCUGUUGAAGUGGGCCACGGCUAGAGAACAGAGAACAAAGGCAUUGUGUUACGGGUGGGGGUAAAACAAACAACACAAGAGGACUGGUGCUGCAGACAAACAUCAAUGAUCGAGCAGAAUGCUCGACGCGAAGCUGAGCAAGAGCUUCGCGUACUCGGCCAAAAAGAUGGAGCAUCAUUUCAGGUCAUAGUCCUGGGAUCCUCGGGCGGACCACGGGAGGACAACGUAACAGGCCUGCUUGUGAGAACACCACAAACGGAAUGGGGCAAGAGUUCUAUGAUAGCGGUCGAUGCGGGUUCUCACCUAGCCAACAUUAUUCGCAUACUUGAACGACAUAUGCCAAUCAGUUCGGAAGACCUACCACCCAAGGGCUAUUCCCGUAUACUUGAAGAGGGACCAUUCGCAGGCAUACGCUUUCCCCAUAUAUCGGCCAAAGCAAACGGUCUACACAUCUUUCGAGAGAUCCUUCAUGCCUUCCUCAUCACGCAUCCUCACAUAGACCAUCUCUCCGGUAUGGCCAUCAAUACCCCGGCCUUGGAGUAUGGCCGAGAAGCAAAAGCCAUUGUCGCCCUCCCUUCCACUAUCGACGCAAUCAAGAACCAUAUCUUCAACGACUGGCUGUGGCCCAACUUGUCAGAUGAAGGUAACGGAGUGGGAUUUGUCACAUACCGGAGGUUGAUCGAGGGCGGCAAUGUUCGACUAGGCUCAGGUGAAGCACGUGGAUACGUCAAUGUCUGCGACGGUCUAGCCACAAAAUGCUGGGGUAUCAGCCAUGGCAAAUGCCACUUUCGUCGCAGACAGAGCUCCUCUCACCAACACAACGACUCCUUCGGCUGGGGCGCAUCAGAUUACAAUUUCCCAUCCAGGCGCAUGUCUCGAAUCUCCGACAGUGAGUAUCUUGCGGCCCUCACACAACAGACCCAGGUCGCUGGUGGAUACUCCCAAGGGACACCACAAAUGUCCAUGGGCGGUGCUCCUAUGACACCGGCUGUUUCUAAUCUUCCUGGAACGAUGCUGGACCCGAAUCACAUGUUCGAACCGGUUUCGAGUUCGGCAUUCUUCAUCCGCAAUGACACAACAGGCAAUGAGAUCCUCAUCUUCGGAGAUGUGGAGCCUGACUCGGUCAGUAUGUCCCCACGAAAUCAUACAGUGUGGGAUGAUGCGGCGGGCAAGAUAGUCAGCGGAGUGUUGAAAGCAAUUUUUAUCGAAUGCUCCUACGAUGAUAGCGUCCGAAACGAGGAUUUGUACGGGCACCUUUGUCCAAGACAUCUGAUUGCCGAACUAAGCUUCCUCGCAAAAUGUGUUAUUAACAAAUCGAAGCAGCACAGUGAUCAAGACUUCAACGGCGUUGGCGCACGAUUUGGAGAGCCUGAGUUUGCGGUUCCGGACAUGAGCAUGAGACAGCCCCCAACGCCUGGCGACCUGAAGAAAAAACGCAAAAGGGCGCUGAAUGGUGACCUUGCGACCACGCCGGAACUAGGGCCUACCAAUUUCGACAGUGUACCAUCGCCUCAACCGCCGCUACCAGGCAGCUAUGUUGGGACACGCGUGGGAUCAUCAACGCGAAGAAAGGUGUCACGAGAAGCGAACAAUCUUGCGCAGCCUUCGCCCACAUUUGGUCGUGGCCGGUCUGUGCAAUUCCAGCCGGGUUCUGGCUCGCCUUCGCUGGUGGCGAGUGCACCUCCACAUGCCGGCACAGCUGCAAACCACUCACAUUCACAGUCAAUGUCAUCGCAACGAGAAAGAUUUCCCGAGCCAUUGAAAGGGGUAGCAGUGCAUGUCAUUCAUGUCAAGGAUACGUUGAUGGACGGUCCAAGUCCGGGAGACAUCAUUCUGGGACAACUGCGUGCGCAGGGUGAGGACGCUGGGUUGGGCGUCAGCUUCGACGUCACGCAUUACGGAGACAGCAUAUGGCUUUGAAGUGCGCCUCGCUAACGUUGGGCGAAGGAUGUGUGUGUGGCGAUGUCCAGCCUCAUACCUUUGCUCGGCUGUUGCGAGAAUUGUUGUCGGUUGAUGUGCACGCAAAAGGCUGUGCCCUGUA